GGAUCGAUCGAUAGAGUGCAAUUUCACAAUCAUCGAAAUAUCCAUAGCCAAUCAUGUCUUUUCGAAGUUUAGGAAAAUUAUUUAAAACAAAAAAGACUGAUAAACAGGAGAGCAAAGAGAUCUCAUUGCCUGCAGAAGGCUUCCACAAGAGUACUCAGAUGUUGCUGGCUUACUCGGGGCAACAUCUCACCGAAGCUGGCUCGGAAUACAGGGAAGUGUUACUGGACAGCCCGUCCCGCUGUGGUCUUCACAGUGUGGCGGUGCUCCGCUGCCUGGGCCGGAGCCAUGGCCUCGCGGGCUCAGACCCCUUUGAAGACCUAGAGAUUGACAAGAUUGUUGAUGUUUUCAUCGACCUAUUGGACAAGAUACAAACCAUAGGCGCAGAAGAGUUAGAUUCCCAAGCUACUCCAUUUGACGAACAGAUGGCGCUGGCGUGCCUCGCCAAACUAGACGCUGUCGUGGCCACUAACCGGGGCCAUAUGGCGCUCGGCAAGUUAACCUGGGCGGAUUUCCUGCUGGCCGGCAUGUGGAAGCACGUGCGACACGCGCUGGAUCUGUCUAGCGACCAGUUUGACAACAUAGAACAUCUGGUUCACCAGCUGACUGCGGUGCCAGCUGUGAAGACGGCUUUAGAACAUGAAUCUAGGAUACAAAUUGAUAGAUUGUGUCAAACUCAAACUACACUCAUGGACUAA